AUGAAUUUUGUGGAAGAGUUUUUGAGACUCAACUUGGUGAUUUUAAGCGGAAGAAAGGAUCGACGUAUUUUGGCUCUGUUCAGGCCACCUGUAUCGACGUUUCCAAGGAACCAAAAAAGCCAAACAAAGAGCGUUUAUAAGAACUGCGCUGAAGUGUUCAAGUCUGGCGACAAGAUCAGGGAUGUGUACAAAAUCGAUCCUGAUGGUUUGGGAGAAAUUGAAGUCUUCUGUGAUCAUGAAACAGCCGGCGGAGGAUGGAUGGUAUUUCAGAAGAGAUUUGAUGGCACUGAAGAUUUCUUCCGCACUUGGGAUGACUACAAAAGGGGCUUCGGCAAUGUGAAAGGCGAGUUUUGGCUCGGACUGGACAAGAUUCAUCGCCUGACUGCAAGCAGUAACAAGCUUCGUGUUGACUUGGGAGACUUCCAUGGUAAAACAGCGUUUGCAGAGCACAGUUCAUUUUCUGUGGCGAGUGAGUAUGCGAAAUACCGGCUGAGUUUGGGAAGCUAUUCAGGCACGGCUGGUGAUUCUUUGGGUGUUCACGAUGGCUCAGCAUUUUCUACCAAAGAUCGGGAUAAUGACGCCAUCUCAGGAGGCAACUGUGCCUUUUGGCAUAAAGGCGCCUGGUGGUACAAGAGUUGUCAUGUAUCAAACCUCAAUGGCAUGUACCUAGAUGGCAGGUGCACUUAUGGAGUUUGUUGGUAUGACUGGAAAAGAAGAUAUGAGUCUCUUAAGAGGUCUGAGAUGAAGAUUCGCCCAAAGGAAUUCUAA